GAUACAACUGUUUUUGAACACAGUUGAGCAACCCUCCAUUUUUCCUCGUCUAGUCGUCGAUGUAAACGAAGCCAAAGCCUCAUUCCAGCUAACCAUAGCGGCGAUUUCUUCAAGGCUUCUCACAUUCGCUCCAAUUUAUACUCUUGUUUCUCCGAUCGCUUUUCUCCACUAGUUCACCUCCUUCCAUAACCUCCGGCGAAGAAUGGCUCAGGUGGUGGCGGCGACUCGGUGUGUUCAGAGCUCAUUCCCGAGCCCUAGCUCCGGAUCCUUGCAGAGCCAAGUCGAGAAGCUCAAACCAUCUGGGUUUGCCUCGAAAAUCUUAGCUCGAAAUGAGCGAAGCAAGAGUUACAAAGCUGUUCGGCUAAAUGCGGCGCCAAUCCGCGCCCAGAGAUCUGCACGCACUGAGACCGAAAUACUUCCCGUGUCUCCUGAAGAUUUUCCAAAGAGUGAGGAGCAAGUUCAGUAUCUACAAGCAAUUCAACAACUUGGUGAUACAUCAGUGGGCAUGUGGUCUAAACCUAUAGUGAGGCGUAAGACUAAGAUUGUUUGCACUAUUGGUCCCUCUACCAACACAAAGGAAAUGAUCUGGAAGUUGGCUGAAGCUGGAAUGAAUGUUGCUCGUCUCAACAUGUCUCAUGGAGACCAUGCUUCUCAUCAGAAGGUGAUUGAUUUGGUUAAGGAAUAUAACACACAAUCCAAAGACAACGUCAUUGCCAUCAUGCUUGACACCAAGGGUCCUGAGGUUAGGAGCGGUGACUUGCCCCAACCAAUCACAUUAAAGAGCGGAGAUGAAUUCACUUUCACAAUUCGGAGAGGGGUGGGCACAGCUGAUUGUGUUAGUGUUAAUUAUGAUGAUUUUGUAAAUGAUGUUGAAGUUGGGGACAUGCUUCUCGUUGAUGGUGGCAUGAUGUCUUUAACGGUGAAAGCUAAGACUGAAGAUUCAGUGAAGUGUGAAGUUGUUGAUGGAGGAGAGCUUAAAUCAAGGCGACAUCUUAAUGUCAGAGGAAAAAGUGCCACACUUCCAUCUAUUACUGAAAAGGACUGGGAUGACAUCAAGUUUGGAGUAGAUAAUGAAGUUGACUUCUAUGCCGUUUCUUUUGUCAAAGAUGCUGCAGUGGUCCAUGAAUUGAAGAAUUAUUUGAAAAGCUGCGAUGCAGAUAUUCAUGUUAUUGUCAAAAUUGAGAGCGCAGAUUCCAUUCCCAAUUUACAUUCAAUAAUAAGUGCCUCUGAUGGGGCUAUGGUUGCAAGGGGAGAUCUUGGUGCAGAGCUGCCAAUUGAAGAGGUCCCACUACUACAGGAAGAAAUAAUCAGUAUUUGCCGUAGUAUGGGGAAAGCGGUCAUUGUUGCUACUAAUAUGCUGGAGAGCAUGAUUGUUCAUCCCACACCAACACGAGCAGAGGUAUCAGAUAUUGCCAUUGCAGUUAGAGAGGGUGCUGAUGCUGUCAUGCUUUCUGGAGAAACAGCUCAUGGAAAGUUUCCCCUAAAAGCUGUUAAAGUUAUGCACACUGUCUCUCUGAGGACUGAAGCAACAAUUGUUGGCGGUGAAACACCACAGAAUCUAGGCCAAGCUUUCAAGAACCAUAUGAGUGAAAUGUUUGCUUUCCACGCAACCAUGAUGUCUAACACUCUUGGAACUUCAAUAGUUGUUUUCACAAGAACUGGUUUCAUGGGCAUACUACUGAGCCAUUACCGACCUUCUGGCACUAUUUUUGCCUUCACAAAUGAGAAGAAGAUACAACAGAGAUUAGCUUUGUACCAAGGCAUAUGCCCCAUAUACAUGGAGUUCUCUAGUGAUGCUGAGGAGACAUUUACAAAUGCAUUGUCGGUGCUGCAGAAGCAAGGAAUGGUGAAGGAAGGAGAACAGGUAGCACUUGUUCAGAGUGGCCAACAACCUAUCUGGCGGCUUCAAUCCACUCACAACAUUCAGGUUAGGAAGGUUUAGACAGAGACCAUGAAAGAUCCACCAUCCAUGUAUGCUUCCCUGCUUGGUAGAAUUUUCCUUCAAUUAUCAGAUAAAUUCCUUACUAAUUACGAGGCAGCUUGGUUUUAGUUUGUUGUAUUUUUUUUCCUACCCCCAUUUCUGGUGAACACAGCGUGAAAGAGUGUUGUAGUGAGUUUAUGGUUAGCAUAUCCUUUACACUUUUACAGUUUGGUAAAGAAGUUGAAUACUGUUAAUGUUGAUGCGGCAUACUUACUCGUGAUGUUGCCCAUGUUUAAAAUGUAUGAUUGUAGUGAAUUCUCAUGAAUCAUUAUGUACUGCUAUAAUGUAGCUAAGUAGCUUAAUUGUAUUAUCAUAUCAUG